CUGAAUCAUACUCUGGUCUAGAUAAUCGAUGUCUAAACGUUUUUCUCCGUUACUGUGUUAGAUCCAAGUUACAAGUCACUUGUCAAGUGUUUAAACGCCGCAAUUUAGAUAUUUGAAGAUGUUUCAGAAAUGUCUUCUGAUCUUAACACACCCGCUAACGGUGCUGAAAACUCGGUUGCCAAAACUUAUUGGAGCAGUAUCUCGAAUUGUGUCUGGCACCCUCUACAUCUACCUCCAGCCCUUAGGCAGCCAUACAGAACAGUUUCAACUUAGUCCGCUGCUAUGUACAGCAGAAAUGCAAACGUUUAUUAAAGAAAUCUACACAUGCACAGAUACAGGCGGAAUCAUGACUUCUCAACUGGCAGAUGUUCGGGUACUUUUAGGUCACAUAUCCAACAAGAUUCAUAAUAUUUCGGAGUAUCCUGUAGAUGGAUAUAACGCCAUCGUUCUUGACACUGACACGUUUAGUCAGUUUGGUGGUGAUAGGGCGUCAUCAUUAAAGAAUCUUCUAGCCAGUUUCCCAGGAGCAGCUCCACACGCGGAUGUGCAGUUGGUCAGGGAACUGAAACGUGCUUCUGCCCUUGACAAAUCAGAUGCUAUCUGCUGCAGUGGGCAUGAUAAUGCUAAACAGACCGCAGAAUGGUCGAAGCCACUCAAAACAUACAACGAGGUCGUCCUUGGGGGCACAUUCGAUCAUUUUCACACAGGUCACAAGAUACUUCUUAGUGAAGCGUGCAUCCACUGUAACAAGAGGCUGACUGUUGGCGUCUCUGACGGGGCGAUGAAUGACAAGAAGGUCCUCUUGGAGUUGUUGGAGCCGCUGGAGAAGAGAGUUGAAACUGUCAGGAAAUUCAUACGUGACGUGAAGCCGACGAUCACGGCAAACGUCGUCACGAUUCAGGACCCUUUCGGUCCGACGAUUGUAGAUCCAGACAUCCAGUGCAUCGUGGUCAGCGAGGAAACAAAAAAAGGAGGGCAUGCCGUCAACGCCGAAAGGGAACGGAGAGGAAUGAAACCGCUAGAGCAGAUUGUUAUUGGUCUUGUGCCGGAUAUAAGUGCUUGCAUGAACGAAGAAGCAAAAGUUAGUUCUUCUUCUAAGAGGAAAAGGCUACUCGGGAGUCUUAUUCGACCUCUCAGACCUCGUGAAGUUGAAAUGAGAAAACAACCCUAUCUUAUUGGACUGACAGGCGGCAUCGCUAGCGGUAAGUCUUCCAUCUGUCACCGACUGGAGGGGUACGGUGCUGGAGUCAUCCACUGCGAUGCGCUUGGACACGAGGCUUAUGCACCAGGGUCGGAGACUUACCAUACUAUUGUAACAACAUUUGGAGAUGGUAUUCGUAAAGAAAAUGGCGAGAUUGACCGGGCUAAGCUGGGAGCCAUAGUAUUCUCCGACAAGAGUAAACUGAAUCAGCUGAACCAGAUCGUAUGGCCCAAGAUACAGCAGCUCGUCGAAAAGGAAAUUGAUAAGUAUGAACAAAUGAAGAAAUCGGUAGUGGUUCUGGAAGCAGCAGUUCUGCUGGAGGCUGGCUGGGACAAGAACGUGCAUGAAGUGUGGGCCACCAUCAUCCCCAGAUCCGAAGCCAUCAAGAGGUUGAUGGAAAGAAACCAGCUGUCCGAAGAAGAAGCCAGUAAGCGAGUGGAGAUGCAGCUGACCGACAAGGAACGUGUAGCUAAGGCGAACGUCGUCUUCUGCACCCUCUGGGAGCCGGAAUACACGCAGAUGCAGUGCGAGAAGGCGUGGCUCUUCUUAACAAGUCGUCUGUCGCUAUAGGUGGACUGCUAGUCACGAGACCGAAAUGCAGUGCGAGAAGGCGUGGCUAUUCUGAGCAAGUCGUCUGUCGCCAUAGGUGGACCACUAGUCACGAGACCUAAGCAAUACGGUGACCAUCAUGGAUAUUAUGAUUUUAAGAUUUUUGAAAAAUAAAUACUCUGUAGGAUAUUGCAAAAAGAAUGAUAACAAAAAAAUAGCCACAUCAUCAGUAUUAAUAUGUGGUGAAAACAUUCUUAUAUAUAUAUUUUUUAAUUAUAAUGAUAAAAUGUUACACGGUAAGUAUAUUAAAAAUAAAAAUAAACAAACCGGUUACAUAUUUAUUAUUGAUAAAAAUUUGGGUGCCAAAGUAAAGUCAGUUCCAAAUAAAAUAUAGGUCCUUGUGUCCUCCCCAACUCGCAUUUGUCCACCUCACUAUAUUAAAAUACACGCAAUAAAGAUAAAUUAAAAAUAUUUCAGAAUCGCCGCUCACAGAUAAGAUGGUUGUAAUGGUACGUGUGUGCUAAUGUUUACCCAAAUUUAGAUGACUAUACACAUUACGUAAAAAUAUGCUUUGAUUUAUUUCACCAAACACACUAAGGAUUAAACAGGUUACUUGAUGUGUACACAGACACUGGAGACGACUGCAACUAAUUUAACCGAAACGCACACAGACGUGUGUUAGAAAAGUUAUUUUCAAAGGGAGGACCACUCACAUUAAUUUCAUGUCGCAUUUUAGUCUGCCCACCAUCACUCGCACGAGGGACGCAUUAAUUUAAGGAUCUACAGUUUGCAUAUAUAGAUAUAAUUAUAUACCUCUCUCUCUCUCUCUCUCUCUCUCUCUCUCUCUCUCUCUCUCUCUCUCUCUCUCUCUCUCUCUCUCUCUCUCUCACACACACACACACAGAG